CGAGACCACGAGACCGGCGCGCUUUUCGUUCACGCUUGUGAGGACUGUUUGCGACAAUGUAUUCAGUCAUUCACUUCAAAGAAAGUGGAGACGUUGCUGCAGUGCCAUCAUGUUGGGUUCAUGGCAACAAGGUAUUUUGGCCUCCGUACAAAAAUGCAACAAAAGUGACGUCGGCUAUCAAAAACAAAGUUGAACCGGAAGCCUACUGGACUCAGUAUUCCGGUGUUGUUUUGUCAACAACAGACAGUUACGAGGCUGCGAGGAGGCGGGAAGCGAAGGCUGAGAACCAGCUGUACGAUCUGACAACGGAAGAUGAGGGGCGGCCUAAGAAACGAGUUCGACGUCCUCCAAGGCCCGUGGAUGAAUACUCUUCGUCAAGUGUCAGUUCCGAAGAAAGAGAGCCGGAGGCAUUGCAAGACAGUACCAUAAAUGAGUUCAUGAGUGGCACUCCAAGACCUACAACUGCAGGACGAAGCGAGGACUAUCUCAUGUUAACGCAACAGAGUUGUCAGGUCGGAGUCUCACCAGCUCCAAGUUACGAAGACCCAGCUCCGGCACCCUGCUCUCAGGCUGGAGGUCGUGACCUCCCAUCAUUGAAGAAUUUGCAAAACAAAGGAAAGACAGGAGCUUCUCAGUGCCAUCACUGUGGAAAUGGCAGUACUGUGUUUGAGGCAGACGGGUGCAAUAAUAUUGUACAUUUUUUCUUUCCAUCAGUUCUUGCAAAAGUGCUCACGCAGGUUGAGCAUUUAAAAAUGCAGCUUGCUGCACAAAGUGCAGUUCUCACAAGAAUGGAGCACCGCCUAAAUCAAGACACCACAGUUGAAAAUGCCAUGGAUGUAAAUGAAAUGCCCCUCUACCCUGCUACAACGGAGGAAGAAUUGAGAACACUUGAGGCAAGCCUGGAAAACAGCGUCAUUUUUGCUGCGCUGGUGAAGGAACUGGGCCAAAUAGGAGGUUGUGACGUUAGCACGACCACUAAAAGAAUAAUGAAGAGACUUCUUCAUGACAGUGUAGCUGUACUAUACAGCUAUACUGGAAGAAAAGGCAAACGACCGGCAGCGGAGCUCAACAUUGUUCGUCUUGUAUUUGCUGCUGUACGUACAACACGCAAGGCAACGGAUGCUGAGAUCAGCCACGUGAUUGGCGAUUGGUUACGCUUUGCCAAUGCAAGGCUUACUGUGUCCAAGAACAAAGUGCCGCGGCCUACAUAUUGACCACAGCCAAGCCUCGGAUGAGCAUCGUGGAAUAAAGUAUAUACGGGCAUCAUGCAAUAAAGUAUAUUUGCAAUCAAGACAUGCAGUUGAGCUGAGUUAAUGCUGCCAAACAGCUGCAAAAUGUAGGAAGUCUUUAAAACUGCUGAUUAGAGUGCUUCGAAUCAG